CUUUCAUUUAGUCUUUAAAUAUUUAUAGAAAAAAAAAGGGAAAAUCUCUACGGUUACACAGUGCACAGAUGAUGACAAAGAUGUUGCGUCGAGAGUGUUCUGUAAUCCCACAACUGGCAAUGCAAUUGACAGGACAUGGAAGGAGUCAGAAGCAUAUGUUACAAGGUCCAACAACAAUUGAAAUGAUUUCAAAAGGUCGCAAGUUUUUGCAUAGUCAAGUUGAUAAUGUAUGAGCCAAUUUAGCCUCGGAAAUCGAAAUAGUUGAUUGCAUAUGGGAUGAAUGCAAUCAGCGAUAAAUGUAAAUGGCAAAAUUAUCACAAGGAAAUUGUUGAAAAAUUUCUGCAUACUUGUUAAUGAUUCAAAUGGGAAAAAUUUGAAAUUUUUUGCGAAAAAUGUUCAUAAUUAUUAUGGCACUGUGCAAUCAACUUCUGCAACUGCCUUUCAUCUGCCUUGGGCUAACCCACUUGACAAAUGAUCAAAGUUUGGCAAGUGCUUGUCAUUGCCAAAGAAAAUCGAAAGUCCAUAGAAAUGACCAACUGACUGAGAGAGGAGUAACUAAAUGAGCAAACCAAAUGGGAAAUGCAAUGUUUCCUUGCUUACUAGAAAUACACUUUAUUAUUCAUCAUGAGGCAGCAUCUUUUUUAUAUGGUUAUAAAUUUGUUUUAUUGUGGAAAAUUGACAAGCAUAGAGAGAGAGAGAGAGACAUUUCAUAUUCCUGUUGCCAAAGAAAACUGUCACUCCAUUGCCCCAAAGUUGUCAAUGUCAUGGUCUCUCUUUGUGUCUCUCUUAAACUGUGAGACGUAAGAGAACGUAAGAUCUUACGUUAAGCCAAGUCUCAAACUGGUUGAUCGCACCCGCCAUUCCGUUGGCUUUCGCCAGACAGUUGAAAUCUUUGCGAGCUCCGCUCAAGACGUCGCGACGGCUACUGUCUAUUUUUUAGUGUAUUCGAAAGCCCCAAAUCAAAUAAACGAGAAAUUUGUUGUUAUAGAUAUAUUUAUAGAUUAAAAUGAAUACCAAUAGAAUUUACAGCUAAUCCCCAAUUCGUGUUUGUUUGUGGUGUGUUUGUGCCAAGCAUUGUUUUCUUAACCGCCAUUCAUGGUAAUUGGCCCGAAGUGUAGUGUGGAUACGCAGCAAUUGACAAAAGGAAGUCCACUGAAGUGGAGUAAAGUGAAGUGAAGUGAACGGGUUUCGCUUGCUUUUCGGCCAGUGCAACAUUUUCACCAAGCCUAAAAAAAAAUACGCCGAGUGCAAUUCCAAUUUCGAAACGAAACAAAACGAAAGUCAGAUAAAGAAAGUGACCAAGCAAAAAGUUCUCCUCAAUCGGUACUCCUCACGCUAAUUAGCAAUUCCUCAAGGAAUUUGUGUCUAUUAACUCAAAAGACUCGCAGACUCUGGUGGCUGGUAAGGGGCAUGCAAUUGCAGCUUACAGGGCGAGACCGUGGAAUUUGACAACGGCAAUAACCGAGUUACCUCCAGUUUCGAAAAGGUUGUCAAUGGCUAGGUUAAGUAGAGCAAACAUCGUAACCACAGUGGAGGCGACACGAGAGAUGAAAUUAAAAACAAACACACGCCGAAAGCGAAGAAAAUGCAGCUGCCAAUGGAAGGUGGGCGGUUUGCCGAUUCUCCUUGUCAGUCAGAUCUGGUUUGUCACGUCGAUAAUGGCCGCCUCAAACCUUUCAGGGACGGUGGACACUCCCUACAGCCAACCCUUGACAACGAUGGGCGGCCAGCCGCGUAACGAUGACAACAGUUUCCAACCGAUUCUGCCCAUCGAUAUAAGUCCAGAAUUCAUUUCGCGAAAUGUUUUCACAAAAUCUGGACAAUAUCGUGUCUUUCAGCCGGUGGAAAGUGAAAGUGACCUUCGCCUGACUGUGGCCAUGAAGCGUAGAGACUACAAGCAUCAGUCAGAGUCAGAGGCAUCCGAAACCAUGGAGGCCAGAAAAGUACCUGAGGGUGCAACAGAGCAGCAAUUGGUGGAAACUGACAGCCAGAAACUGCAGCAGCAGCAGCAACACCAGAUUAAUCGUAAUUCGGAAAAUAAUUCAACAACAUUGCAGGCCGAGUUGAAAGGUCUUGAGGAGUUGCUAAUGGAAUAUGUUGAACAGUUCUUUACCCAAGGCAAGUAUGAGCCCAUGCCAGGUCUUGUCUUGGCACUCCAACAAAAUCAUUCGAUGCCCCAUUCUGAGAAAACGAAAGCGAAUCAACGUAGUGAACGUAGCGCAAGCAACUGGGACGAUGCCAAGGUGGAGGUAGACAUUCCUCGUGCUCUGCAGAGUGGAAGACUUUUGUUCUUUACGGGUCUCAAGAAGAUUAUGUGGCCCAUUUACAUGGGAUUGCAGGUGCUGAAGAGUCUGCUCUUUGCCCUAUUUUUGCCCACUAUAAUUGGCAGUGUCAGUCGAUUGAUUGGCAAAGGCAUUACAUCCGGCUCGGCUAGCUCGGUGCCAUUGUUUAUUCGUCCUGCCGAACCACCACAGGAAUUGGAUUUCCGAGAUGUCGAAGAUGAGCACAAGUUCGGUUCACUUGACGAUGGCAAAACAAAUAACCUUGGAUUUGAAUAUAAUGCAGAGGCAUCCCAGCAACAGGCCCAGUAUGCUCCCUUUAAUCCCAAUGCGAUAAAUCAGCAAUCCCUCUCUCGUUACGGUGGGCAGCAAAUGAUGCAAGAUACGUAUCUCAGUGCCCUCCAGAGCAUUGGAAGUGCUUCGUUUAAAAACUCACAAGGAAUAUCGGCGGGUUCUUCGAAUGCGGCACCUGGAAUGACCAAAAAGCCAACACCGGCCGUUAUGAACACUUUCCAGAACUUCCAAAAGGUGCCAAGCACUUCCCUUUUGUUGUCCAACUAUGAUCCCUUCUAUAGCCCGCUAUUGUCACGUUUGGAUUCAGUUUUCGCUCAACUCAAGCUGAAUUCAGAGAAUGAGAACUGUCGCGAGAAACUUAUCUGCUUGAUGUAUGCCAAUCCCGCAAAGUAUGCACCGUAUAGCAAUUUGGUUUCCGCUCAGCUGAGUCGGGAACUAAACGAGCUACGCAAACCCACCUCCGAUAACCCAGACAUUUUGCGUUUCUUCAAGUAUAUGCGUGCCGCAAAGGAUGGCCAGGAUGGCGUUGACUGCGAGGAGUCGUUUGUUAAGUGCAAGGAAUUCAAGGAUUUCGAAAAUCCCGCCAUGCUAUCCACCUACAACGACAUCAACAAACUGGUGCAGGCACGCAAGUUUGCGUAGUUGAGAAAUCGACCCGGCUAAAAGUUCGCAAGUCACGUCAGCUCACGUCAGGCUGUCUGGCGUUGAGACUUGAAGCUGUAAUUAUGCAAAUUCUACUUUAGAUAGCCUAGCCAUACAUACAAAUUCUUAAGGAAGCCCCCACCUCUCCUCAAUCGUCACCUGUCAGUAGGUGUUAAGGUGAAGAAACAUCAACCAAGACACGGACAGGAAGUGGAACAGGAACAGGAGCAGGGCCGAGGGCUGGGAGCGGGAAUGGGAGCGGUUAGCGGGUGCUGUAAAUAGAAAAGUUUGUUUUAGUUGUUUAAUUAAAAGGCAUAACUUGAAGAUGCUGUUAUUAUUAGCCAUUUAGUUGAAUUAUUCAAGUAUUUAUUUAUAUCAUAGCCUAUUUUUAGAUCUAACUAAU